GCAUUCAUAAAGCAUCUGCAUACCAAUAGAGCUCCGUUCGGGCAGUCAAUACGUAAAAUUUCCAACGUGCAGUUCGGUACUAUUAGGGCAGUAUUUUCAUAAGAAUGAGUAUUAGGUGGGUGCCUUUAUUAGAUAUACGUUGAAUCUACAACAAUAAGGGUUAUAUGUACGAAAAAAAUAGUUCAAGAUAAAUAGAAUAAAGAAAGAGAGAAAGAGGGGGGGGGAGAAAGACGUAAAGAAAACGACAAAUCUCACGUGUUUUAAUGGAAGAAAAGGAAGAGGAAAAAUAAUUCGAAAAAGAAAAAAAACGAUCAAGGUAACAUACUCAAUAUGUUCGUCACUAUAUAUCUCGUAAUCAGAGAGACGUAUAGUAGCCAGUUGUAACUACGAAAUCACCUGGAUCGCUCCUAUUCCUUUGAAUCCAGUAAAACAGUGCAGUGAAACUGCUCAAAAACAGGAAUAAAUAUUAAGUGGAAGAGAAUUUGAAAAGAAGAAACAAUGGCCGAAAAUAUAAAUAGAGGAUAUUUAGAGGAACACGAAUUAGAGGCCGUGGAGAGGGGUGCUAAAAUUCAUGAAACCGGCAUACAGAAAAAUAAAUCUUCACGUAAAAAGUAUCAAUGCGUCGCCAAUGGAAGACAAGCACUGGGCAAUCAUGUGUCGGAAAAUCCACGUGCUUAUCGUAUAGUAUUUCUUAUUCUGCUUAAUAUUGUUGUUUUCUCGUACUUUGCCUACGCCACUGUAUACUGGAUCAGGAACAACAGUGAUUGCGAGUUUGAAUGGUGUGAUGGUUAUGGCAUGCUGCUGCUUUUAUUCGCAUUUACUUACUUUGGAAUAUUUUACUUCUGUAUAUUCAAAAGGUACGUUUUGAAGUACGUGAAGAGGACGCUAAGACCUUUUGGACGAUCUCUUAAGAGGUUACGUGCAAGGAAACGUACCUACUUCCUUCUGAGAACUGCAUUUUAUAUCUCUGUUUUGGCAGCUGCUAUCGUAUUUCUUAUUCUUGAUACCAUUAACGAUCGUGAUAGAUUAAUUAGCUGCCUUGGCGUUAUCGUUCUCAUCGGAUUAGGUUGGAUCUUCUCAAAACAUCCUACGCAAAUAAACUGGCAACCCGUGUUAUGGGGACUCAUAUUGCAAUUUUCCUUCGGUCUUUUAACUAUCAGGUGGACCGUUGGACGUAUCAUUUUUCAAUGUGUCUCCAACAAGAUCGAAACUUUCAUGAAUUAUUCCAUAGAUGGCGCCAGUUUUGUAUUUUCCAAUGAGCUGGUUAACGUAAUUCAAGUUUUUGCAUUUGCUGCUCUACCAGUGAUCUUCUUCUUUAGUUUCUUUAUAUAUAUACUGUCGUACUUGGGUGUGAUGCAGUGGGUGAUUAUGCGAAUUGGAUGGGUCCUUCAUCUCAUAAUGGAUACUACAAUAUGUGAAUCUAUGAAUACUGCAGCAAAUGUAUUCCUGAGCAUGAGUGAGAGUCCUCUAUUAAUCCAAUCAUACAUCCACAAACUGACCGUAUCAGAGAUGCAUGCGAUAAUGGCAUCCGGUUUUGCAACAGUUUCUGGGACUGUAUUGGCAGCUUACAUCAGUUUUGGUGCUCAACCAGCCCAUUUGAUAACAGCAUCCUUAAUGUCAGCACCUGCAGCAUUGUGCUACAGUAAACUGUUUUAUCCGGAAACUGAAGAAAGUCAAACGACAGUAAAAAAUAUCGUAUUAGAAAAAUCAGAAGACUCAAGUUUGAUAGAUGCAGCCGUGAGGGGCGCCAUGGCAGGUAUACCCCUGGUAUUGAGUAUCGUAGCAAACAUAGUGGCGUUUAUAUCCUUUGUAUCGUUUAUUAAUGCUAUCCUCUCCUGGCUGGGAGGUUUGAUAGGUAAUGAUUCUCUGUCCUUCGAGCUGAUACUCUCCAAACUGUUUAUGCCUUUAAGCUGGGUAAUGGGUGUACCAUGGGAACAAUGUGAAUAUGUAUCCACUCUAAUUGGACUUAAGACAGCAGUAAAUGAAUUUGUGGCUUAUCAAAAAUUGGGUGUCUAUAAAAAAGAGGGUGUCCUUUCAGCAAGGACAGAAGCCAUAGCUACUUAUGCUAUUUGCGGCUUUGCUAAUCCCGGUUCAGUUGGAAUUAUGAUUGGUGCUUUGACUGUAAUAGCUCCUGAGAAAAGAGAUGUUAUCGUCGGCGUAGCAUUCAGAUCAUUUAUUACUGGUAGUGCUGUGUGCUUUCUUACAGCUUGCAUAGCUGGCAUGUUAAUCAACGAGGAUUAUUAUUCAACAAUCAGUUCAUCGACAAACUCCACAACUACCGUGUUAUCCAUACUCAGUCAGUCCUAGCAGAACUUUAAAACGCAUACGCGAAAAAUGACUUGAAAGGAAUUGAAUGGGUUCUUUUUUUACUUCUCGUGAUAAUUAUUAAUUACACGAAUUAAUCAUCCUGAAGAACUGAUGCGAUUCAUUCCCAUUUUUAUUUUAAGAACCAGAAAUGGACUCAAAAAAUAAUAGAUACAAAAGUUUAAUAAAUUCG